UUCUAGGUGGAGAGAUGUAGAGAUACCGCUAAUGACGGAGUAAUGGGUUAAUUCCUCAUCAGUAAAAAAGAAGCCGACCUGGAACAAGCCGCGAACAAAUUAGGACAAAGAAAACUGAGUACAGUUUACCUUUGCCUCUGGCCUAAAGGAGAUUUUAGGCUAUUAAGGUUACAUUGGAGUUUUUCUUUCGCACCUUGAACUAAAUUAAGCCGCAAUUAAAGACCCAUUGAAACACCUUGGACCGAGGAGUCAUGUAAAGGCGAUGCUAGAGACCAUUAAAAUGGAAGAAGACAUUCAAAAUCUAUCUUCACUCCCAUCCUUGCAUGGUUUAAAGCAGAAAGCCUUGUGCGAAGGCUGCCACAGACUGAUCCGUGAUAAAUAUCUACUCAGAGUCAAUAACUGUUUCUGGCAUGAACAAUGUGUGCAUUGUGCAGCGUGCAGGGAAACCCUUAAGAACACUUGCUUUCUGAGAGAGACAAAACUCUACUGCAAGCGUGACUAUGAAAAAUUGUUUGCAGUGAAGUGCAGCGGUUGUUUGGAGGUGAUUACUCCAGCAGAGUUGGUGAUGCGCGCCCACAAGUUGGUGUACCAUCUGCAAUGCUUCUGCUGUUGUGUGUGUGAGCGGCGCCUGCAGAAGGGGGACGAGUUUGUGCUGAAGGAGGGGCAGCUGCUCUGCAAGAGCGAUUACGAGAAGGAAAGAGAGUUAUUGAGCCUCGUCAGCCCGGCCUCAUCAGAUUCAGGCAAAAGUGAUGAAGAUGAAGAUAGUGCUGAUAAGUCUAUGAGAAGCACAAAAGCAGGUGAAGACCCCGAACACAAGCGGCCUAAACGCCCCCGGACAAUUCUCACAACCCAGCAGAGAAGGGCUUUCAAAGCUUCCUUUGAAGUCUCCUCCAAACCUUGUCGAAAGGUAAGAGAGACACUGGCAGCAGAGACAGGAUUAAGUGUGCGAGUUGUGCAGGUCUGGUUUCAGAAUCAAAGAGCUAAGAUGAAAAAACUUGCCAGACGACAACAACAGCAGCAAGACCAGCAAGAUCAAAGUAACUCCCAAAGACUUCAUUCAGUGACCACAAACAGAGUUGUCAACCCUGGCAUAGACAGCGGACACCCUUUCUCCGACGUGCAGCAGCAGCAGCAUCACAUUUUAGCUCUGGAGCAGCAGUCCUACAAGGUGGACCCCUUCCGACAGGGACUUACACCCCCACAGAUGCCUGGGGAUCACAUGCUCCCCUAUGGCAGCGAAGGCCUUUUCAGUGAAAUGGACAGUGACACUGCAAUUAGUAACAUUGGAGAUUGUCUUCUGUCUUUGUCUGAGGCAGGACUUGGAGUUUUAAACCCUAUUGACCGUCUUUACUCAAUGCAAGACUCUUACUUUGCCUCAUGAGUCUCUAAAACUCCCACACCUCUGAAUUUGCUUCAGGUUAUUGAGCAGUGGUUCAGUAGUUCCUAAGCAAGUGGUAUGUAUGUUUUGUCAGUACUUUAUCUAAAAAAAGCAAUGCAAUGGAGACUUAUUACAUUUGAAAUUCUGCAUGGAUAAAAUACAGUUGUAAAGCACCUCAACAUCUUAAACAAAAUCUGACAUUUAGGUUUGUUAUUUAUGAAAUGUGAAUCAUGAAAAUCAUACUGAGAUCUAGACAUAGGCAAGAAGGACAUCAAAUGAAAGAGUAUGCAAUAAUAACAACAAUAAUCAUAAUAAUAAUCGGAUUAUUGGACAUAGAUACAAAAGUGACAAGACUGUAU